CACUUCCUGUUCAGGACAGUCUGGAGAUGCACAAACGACAAUGCAAGUUUAAUUAAUGUUUUAUCGACGUAGAUAUGGAGAAGAAAAUUGCAGUUCGAUCUCAAGAUCCUGGUCAAAGACGAGUCUUGGACUGUGCAACGCGACAGCGACGUUUAAACCGCCAACUCGAGGCUUUGGAAAAGGAUAACUUCCAGGAUGAUCCACACGCUAGUCUUCCGCAGCUUGUCAAGCGGCUACCACAAUUCGAUGAAAACGACGAGUCUGCAGGCAAACGGAGGAGGAAAACAAGAGGAGAUCAUUUCAAACAGAGGUUCCGUAAGAACUUUCAGGCAUUACUGGAGGAGGAGGAUUUGAGCGAAACCGACGGACCGAACUACCUGACUGCCUGCGCCGAGCCCUCGUCGCUGCCCCAGCGGAAUUUCUGCGCCAUUUGUGGGUUUCCCUCUCAUUACACUUGCGUGUCUUGUGGUGCUCGGUACUGCUGUGUACGCUGCCUUUCUACACACCAAGAGACAAGAUGCUUGAAGUGGACCGUGUGAUUGAGUUGUUCAGCGCCUGCAAAGACUUGUGAUUCAAAGAACUUGUAUUUGGGAACAGAGGUUAACCUCACUGCAGUCAAGCAUUCAUAUUUCGAGAACAUGCAUGCAUUGCAUUCAUGAAUUUCGAGAACAGCAUCCUCAUUUCUACAGGUCACAGAUGGUAAAUUGUUGGAGUUGCGUGUUUUACCAUUUGGAAAUGGAUUAAGUGGCCUACACAGGAAAGGCACGAGUUUGGUUCUGCCAUGUUUUAUUUCCACUAGCCUCUCUUUUGUUUUCAUUAUCAAUUCAAGCGCUGUCCUGUUUAUUAAAAUGUUGAAAUCUUUCGAAA